AUGGUUUGGGAAGGAGCGAACGUCCGCCAAUCGGUCGAGUCGGUGGAGGAUACGAAUGCGGUGACUGCCGCCGGUGCCGGCAACAAACGGUACACGAAGGAAACCGUCGAAGCCGCUCUGUCACGUCUGCAUACUUCUUACGCCACCGCCAUGGAAUGUCUGGGUGCCUGGCAUCGCGCGGAUCAGGCUUUGCGUCGGGGUGAUUCUAUCGCACAGACCGAGCAACGACCUGGAUCACAAGCGGGGACGCUCCGAGAUGUGGGUCAAACAACCCGACAAUUAUUUGAAUCGGCACUAUUGAGGAAUCCGUUAGUAGCUCAACACGCUCCGGCAUUCCACGAUUACUAUUCAAAGGAUUAUGUUUGGGAAGCUCCACCUACCUUGACUUCAGCGGGUCACCGGGAAACGGUACGACGGGUAGCCUAUUUGUCGCUCGUGAACUACGCUGAUUUGCUAUUGUCGGGAUGCGCUUGUCCGAUUCCUAGAUUGCCUCCACGCACGGGACAGAAGGAACAUUUGCUCGACAAGGGAAUCACGCAACCGCUUGCCACGUUCCGCGAGGAAAAGCACUGCUGUUGGAAUAGACCGCGGAACGAUACCGAAACGAGCCCGGUAGGGGAUUCGGACACUGAAGAUCCAGUCGAAACAACGCGUCGGGCGUUGACGGUCCUCUUGGACGCCACUGCUCUCGAUCCUACUGACCCUCUGGUAUGGCUCAAGCUUUCCUGUCUUGCUCGACGAUUAGGUCGCCUCAAAACAGCAGUAGCCAUGAAAGACGACACGCUGUUGCUACCUUACCGACGUUUAGAACGGCACGGAUUGGAAAUGGCCCGCAUCGCUUUGCCUCCAAACGUUCCUCCUAAUCGUCUCGUGUUACGGGCCUUGGUGGAAUUGGAAGAGGAGGAAACGAUAUUCUUUACGAACGGUUACGACUCGGGUCCUCUACUCCAAGAUGUGAUGGAAAUCCGCCUCUCCAUUCCUCGUUACUCGUGGUCGAUUUUGGGUCGGAUGCUCAUGCGGGUUUGUCGCGAAGGCAAUUUAUACACUGUCACAGCAACGGCUCCACACACAAAUAGUCAUCGUCAUCGUGGUUUGUCUGGCCCGCUACGCAGUGCGCCUCUGGUCCGGUUGGAACUCUCUCCCUUGUUGGCGGUACCGUCGAUGGUAUUGGCCGGUAUUUGCCAGUUCCUUACACCGGCCGAAUUGGCGCGGCUGGAAAUGACCUGCCGGGGCUUGUCCUACGCCGUCAUCGCGGCGAGGGCAGUUCACGAUCACGAACAGGAUUUGCGGGCGUCGCGACAGGGAAAUCUCAAUCCUGCCAAGCUGGCUCCUCUAGGCAGUGGGCAACCAAAACCUGUGGUUGCCGAGACUGCCAGCGACAAUCGCUCAACGGAGGUUAUUCUUGAGGUUGAUCCGAAUGGGGACGCCGCAACGACUGACGUAAAUCGGAAAUCGAGAAAGAAAGAUCAUCAGACGGAAGAGAAACGAGAGAACCAAAGAGUGUCGAAACGGGUGCGAUCACAAAUGAUAACCUCUGGAAAGAGGGCCGAGCGCAGUAGCCGACGUUCGUCUUUGGAGUAUUGCGUGGUUGCGGCCACUAUGGACUGCGCCCCCGGCGAUUCUAAGUACGAUCAGUUGCGGCGAGAAAAGAUUGACUGGGACCAUUUGCUUGACUUGCCCCCCACUCCAUCUGCACUAUCUGCAUACUGGGCGCGCAGUUUGGCCGAUCCUACACCUUUGCGAACUAUUUCUUUAGAUGUGUUUCCUCGUGACAGGCAAGCUCGAGAACGAAUCAGCUCCUCGUCGUUGACGUCUUUUGUGAACGAAUGGGGAGGGCUCGACAAGCCAGAGCGCCGUGCAGUGACCCCUUUGGGCCUUCUGUUUGGAUUUGUUGCGCAUGCGUCAUUGCAUCGAAACGGGUGGACCUGUGGUGCUUUCGACGUGCUUGAUAGAAUUCUGACUCCGUGCUGGUCGACAUGCAAUCGAAACGCACCUGGUCGUUUGAAUUCAAUGAACGUUUUUGCUGUCGACUUGCUUCAUGUAGAGCUCCGGCUCAAGCGCUGUGAGCGGGAUGAUUCGGGGGACACCGAACUUGAUGGUGACGCGAGUUUUUUGUCUCGCUCAGUUCCUGUGCUUGUGUCCUUAGUUGAUGACCUAGAUGAGAUAUACUCGGGACCGUCUUUUGCGAAGUUGUGGGUGGUCCUUAAAGUGAGGUGUCUCUGGCUUGCGGCGGCCUUCUAUAUGUGGCGAGGUCGAAUUGCGCUUUGCGUCUUCGAGUCGCGCGAAGCGGAAAAAGAAGGGCUUACAUUUGUUGCAAAAUUGUUAGACCUCAUGGUGAAAGCACAGGUUGGGGCAGUGUUGACACCUCACUUAGAAUCUCCGACACGAAGUGGACUGCACUGGAGGGAGCUGUCGGUCUCGUCGCUUCGUACGUACCAAAACGAAAUCCAAGCGUCCUCUGUUGUGCUUCUAGCUCAAGAGAAAUUUUCACAAGCAUUAUGCAACAUUGCUGAUGAAGGCGAUGCUGUAAUUGAUCCGAUUUCAAUAGAUUCUCUCGUCGCUAUAGGCAAUUUGAUUCUGGAUCGGUAUCGGGUACCAGUUGGGUCGUCCGAAGAUAAGUACAGCGAGCUUAUCACGGACUUCAUCUCGUCCACCGGGGCGAUGUUAGUGUCCAGUCAAUUUAGUGUACAUCCCGGAACAGUACAGCAAGACAGUAUUGGCUCCGAAUGUGACGACCUCCUUCCCGCGAGAAAUCCAGCUGCGCGUCAACUAAAGAAUAUGACCAAUCCAUCCAUUUUGGCCAUUUUGAAUACAUCAUCAAUCCGGAACUCAAAGAAAGCGCUUGUACUCGAGCUGGCCCAAUCUCGGUACGACGCAUCGAAAGACGGUGAAAGUUUAAGUGAAGAUUCCUCCUUGUUUUCCGACAUUUCAACGGAUAAGAACGAGGAAGGAGAAUUUGGGAAACAGCUAUUACUCCGUCAAUAUGCUACAACAGCUACUCUCCUCUUACAUAGGAUUCGGGAGCUUUUUGUCCUCAGAUUGACUGAGCAGCAGAAGGUGCAGUUUUCGAAUUCCGAGGAAUUUCGUGACACGUUGGCUAGCUCAUUUGAUAUUUGUCGUUCUUACGCAUCGACGGCGAUUUGGUUCAACGAGUUGUCCGAAGAAACACCUGCAGAUUUAAAUGUACUUCUUUCCACAAUAGCGUUGCUCACGGCUGUACAGAAUGCUGGCUUGGUACUCGUUCCAGAGGAGUUGGAACGCAAUUACUUUAUCGGUCUCGCAAGCAUUCUCGAGCAACAGCGCUCCACAAUCGCCUCACUUAUGGAUUGUGAGCUAAGUCGGCAGGAACGAGUCGCUCACCAAAAAGUGGCUAGCCAUCGGGCCCGAGUUGCGGGUAGUGUAAGUUUCCAUAUUGGCCAAAUCUUUGCCGCUCAUCUGUGUACACCAAGCUCGCGACAACUGGUUGCGUCGUCUUUCUUUGAUGAACUUUCAAUUCCUUCUUUGGUCAUUGCUUCCACGAUCGACUCGUUGCUUUGGUUUCGUGAUCUUUCUGUGAAAGACGACCAUCAAUCUCGAGCCGCAGCUUCUUUGCGCAAUUUCUGCUUUUCACUUGACCGAGCGAGCAGAGAGACUCUUCUGGUACCGACCGCUCUUGCGAUAGUUGGCACAAUUGGAGCUCUUGCCUCAACAAAGGAUGGGAAACUACUUCCAGCCAAAAAAGAAUGCUUGCGCAACACAGAUUUGGCAGAGUUCUUCGAUUCCGACGACAGUGCUGUUGACUGGUUAUCCGAUGAUUCAGUUGUUGCCGACAAAGUUGGUCACGAGGAACUGCUCCGUUCUAUAUCCCAGAGCGUACACGCAAUCAGUCUUGUGUUCCAGAGCCUGAGCGCUGAAACAAUGUUGACGUACAAGGAUACCAAAGAAUAUGCCACUGAACAUGGACCGCUCUUGCCCCUUCUGGCGGCACGAGUUUUGAACAUGUAUGCCGAUCGCCUUUUGACUGAAUUUUUGGAAGAUCCAGAGAAGGGAACGAGCACUCUUUCGUCAGACUUUCCUUUCGGCACGCGCUCUGUUGGAGUUUUGCUUGAUUCUGUUCUGUACAAAGUGUACAAAUGUUUGCAUGGUUUUUCCUUCAUUAAUAUGCGAGACGGAAAGGAGUGUUCUGGGCCAACAAUCAUCGACUCUAAACAAAGGACUUUUCUACCGGAAGAUGCGAAGGCUACUGCUGCAUUAUACAGCUGUAUGAUGCGAAGUUACGGGCAGGGAAGGAAAUCGCCGCCAAAGUCGGCACUUGAGCUUCUCACGAGAGCGCUUCCUUCGGCAAUGGAAAGUGAUCUUAGCAGGACGGUCCGUCGAUUCGUCUUUUCCACUGCAAACGGAAGAAUCGGGGCCAACGACAUAGUUUCGAUAAUUAAUCAAGAUGGCGAGCGGCGAGCUGACUUUAAGUGUUUCGAGAACUGGCAUUGGGAGAAGCUUCACGAAAUGGAAGAUAUCAAAGAAGAGAAGGACGAGCUACUAGCUGUUCGACGUGGAGUUAGUCACUUUCUAGCGCAAGGCCCCCUACCAACCUACCAGGACGGAGCGCCCAACGUGCGAGCUGCUUCGGCAAAAGCUGAAGAAGCUUUGUCGCGAAAAUUUAAUGCGAUUCUUGAUGACCUGUGCCACGGCAGUAUUGCUGAUUGCAAAGGAUGGUACAAGGCAGCUCAGUGCCUUCUCGUUAGGUCAGACUUAAUUGCCGAUCGGCUCGGGUUGUCCAAGGGCUUCGUACGAAGCGACCACUUCAACGUUCCAGAGUGGAAGGGUUUCGUGUACGAUACGCUCGCUAUAGAGGAACUUCUCAAGCGUCAAAGUGAAGAGGCUUCUAUCCAUACGAAACACUGGGUCGAAUUCUUAGGCCCGGACCUUUCAAUUUUUUUACACUACAACUGGUCAUCAUUUGAGUCUCUCCGAGCCCUCGCAACUGAAAUGGAGGCCAGUUUGUCUCACUUUGUGGAGACCGAUGACGUGGAUACACUCAAGGCUCGGGAAGCAUGGGAUGAAAUUGAGCACCUCUUCAGAACCAAGGAUUUUGUUGCUUGGCAGGAAGCUUGGGGAGGAUUGUUUGUGUCUUCCCUAAGACAAUUGGCGGCAAGAUGUAUGGCUCUUGGGCUUUACAUUCUGAAUCAGUCGCUAGGCCAUGGCGACCUUGAAAAUAAAGUCGUCCUGUCCGAACUCACAGAGUCUCUUGGUAUGAGCCUUUACGCAGAAUUAAUGGGUUCACAGCUCUACGGUUACCCUAUGCAGGAGAUGCCGCAGGGCCAGAAACGAUGUAUUGCAACAGCUGCCUUAGCUUGUUUUUCACACUCAGUUCAUUUGUCACGCUCAGUAAAUCUUGACAAGCCCGCUGACGUGCCUCGUGCAACUUGGGAUAUCUUGUUUAUGAUUGGGAAGUGCAAUGAAAAGAUUGCUUCGACAUACAGAGCCGAGCGCUUUUCCUUUUCGGCAAUAGACUUGCUGAAUAAGCAAGGCACAAGAUUGUACGAGCAACAUAUGAACAACGCAUUUGAAUCGUACUCUAUUUCAUUGUCAGAAGCCAGAGAAAUUGAACGAGAAGGGGGACUUAUUUUCGAACAAAAUGGAGGGAGCGCACAUGGUUCGACAGAAGUGCUAUAUCGAUUGCAUGCGUCUCGUCUGAAGUGUUUGAUAGCCGCUGUUGAUCGUAGAGAAGACGAGAGGGCUUCUGCCGAGGAAGAAGCGCUACGAUUGACUGAAAAGUAUUGGUUCUCUGCCCCCCAACUUGAUAGUAGAAGAAGUGACGCCAGAGAAAGAAUAUGGGCUGUGCUCGCUGACACCGUUUCAGCUUUAGCUCAAUGUCGAUCAGAGCAUUCCUUCUUCCACCGAUCAGUGUAUCGACACGCUCAGGCACUUAUGUGGGCACCCGUACUCAACGAUCCAAUAAACGAGCGACCAAAUGGGAGCUUCGGAGCAGUUCCUGGCACAAAGGCGGUCAAAGUUAGAGGACUCAACUCUGCCACCAAUGCUGCAGAUAGCGGGGCCGUCGUAAUGUCGACUUUGUUUGACAAGAAACGCAGUCAACUGUGUGCCGUGUGGGUUGCAAACGGCUCCGCCUCUUCUUUUCAGAGUAUAAAUAACUCUGUCCGAAAGUACGACUGUCUACGCGGCAAAUACAUAUCGGCCUAUCUGGAGUGUUUAAAGCUUUCAAAAAGGAGAUCUGACUUGGAGACUUUCUUGCGAUGGACAGCGUCAUGCCACCGUGAUCUUCCAUCUUAUUUUGCAGCCAGUGCUUUCGCCCAAGGAUCUAGUCCCGUAAAAUCACACACACAAGAUUCACUGAUAGUGAGGACACGGUCCCUCUCGUCUUAUCAUUUCCUGACUUCAACAAAACGACUAGCGAACACAGCACUAGCAAACGUCAUUCUUCAAGAAAUAUCCGGACCAAGUGAUCGGAAGGAUCCAGAGACUCAGCUAAAGGCUGCUUAUGGGUGCUUCCUUCGACUCAAUAGCGACCCUGAUGCUUUUAUAAAGUGUAAAUGGUGGAAAUAUCACCGCAGUCCAUCCGGGAUGCGCCCAAUAGCAGACGCUCUGAUGCAUGCUUACAAGAAGAUCGCCAAGAGUCAAAGCCCGUCGACUAACCAAUCGGAUUGGGGGGAAGGCCAAACCUCCGAGACUCUACGCCUCUCUUUAAGGAAAUGCAAAGAGCUUUUCCCCUCGGCGACUGGUAGCUUUCUGUCUAGCAAAGCAUCAAUGAACAAGUCAAAGCGGAAAGUUGACCGAGAAGCCAACGGAUCUGGAACCAAGAGAAAAGAACCCGAUGGCACCUUUACAGCUUUGCGAUCCUUUGUUGUUCCUGUCCCCAAGGGUCUGUCAUCCGCCGAUACAUUUCUAACUUCUAUCAUUAUCGGUUCAACAACCAAAAAAUUACGCUUAACUGUACCCGAGGGCGAGCCUGCGACUCUCCGCUUUUCUCUUCGAGUGCCGGUCAGUGACGAGCCUGAUUGUGGUGCGGAUGCGAGCAGUCAUUUGUGA